AUGUCCUCCACUAAAGCCAGCCUCACGGCUCUCGCCUUAGGGUUCUCAUCCCUCUUCACCCCGGCCUUCGCCGCCCCUUCGCCAUCUUACAACUCGCCCAAACCAGUCAAAGACCCCUACUCCAGGGAAUACUGGCCCGCGCCUCGCAAGAUCACAGGUCAGGACUUGAACGGUACGCUUGGUGGUGUCCACAUCCACGACCCAAGUAUUGUGCUCGGACCAGACGGCCACUACUACUCAUUCUCCUCUCAUGGCUUAGCAACCACCUCCCGUGCUUCGAAGAAGAACAGCCUGGAAGGGUACUGGGAGGUUGUCGCUCAAGUUCUGGAGCCGCCUGGCAGCAUUGAUGAUCCCGCUCAGGCAAACCGCCUUUGGGCCCCAGAUGUUCACAAGGUCGGUGAUACCUAUUACUGCUACUAUACCGUCUCCGACUUCGGCGUCUCGGAGUCCUUCAUUGGACUUGCCACCUCGAAGACCCUGCAAAAUGGGUCCUGGACUGACCACGGCAUGGUCGUGUCUUCCAACAGCACCGACGCGCCAUUCCCGCUGAGCAAGACCAAUACCAUCGACGCGGCUUUUAUCCAAGACGCCAAGACCGGCAAAAGCUAUCUCUCCUACGGCUCCUGGUGGGCCAACCUCUGGCAGUUCGAGCUGACCAAGGACCUCAAAUCCGUCAAGAUCCCCACUGCCCGUCAGCUGAGCUAUACCUACGAUCCCGUGCUGCCGACUAAAGAGCAGGCGUACGCCAACAUGUCUCUUUCCUGGGGCGGCGCAUCCGCCGAAGAGGCCCCAUAUAUCAACUACAACAAGGAGCAAGGCUUCUACUACCUCUGGUACUCAGCGGGCCUGUGCUGCGGCUACAACCCUGCUGCGCUGCCCCCUCCUGGAGCCGAGUACACCAUUUUUGUUGGUCGCUCAAAGUCGCCCCGCGGACCUUUCGUGGACCGCAAUGGAAAAGAUCUCGCCGAGGGUGGCGGAAGCAUGGUCUACGGCAGUCACGGCAACACCUACGCACCCGGAGGACAGGCAGUGAUUUCCGACUAUCGCGGAAGCGAUGUGCUAUACUACCAUUACGUCAACACGACAUUCGACCCGCUGUACCGAGACAACUUCAAGUUUCUGGGAUGGAAUCCGAUCAAGUAUGCCAAGGGAUGGCCAGUGUUGCAGAAGUAA